AAGUAAUAUAAGCUAUUUAAACCAAAAGAAACCUCUCUAAUUUUUAAAAAAUGGAUCUUCAAACAGAGGAAAAGAGUAAAGAAUUAUGGCCGGCGAUUGGAAUUGAUCUUGGGACGACAUACUCGUGUGUAGGAGUAUGGCAACCUCAGCACGACCGUGUUGAGAUCAUCACCAAUGACUUGGGCAACCGUACGACGCCGUCUUGGGUGUCUUUCAAUCAAAACGACCGUCUUAUUGGUGAGGGUGCUAAGAAUCAGGCGGCUAUGAAUCCAGCUAAUACCAUCUGUGAUGCAAAAAGGCUUAUAGGUAGGAGGUUCAAAGAUGAAAAUGUACAAAAAGACAUGAAGCUCUGGCCAUUCAUAGUUGUUGCUGCUCCUGACGGUGCCAAUGACAAAAAGCCUAUGAUUUCGGUAACCUUUGAGGAUGAAGAGAGGCUAUUUGCAGCUGAGGAGAUAUCUUCUAUGAUCCUUGCGAAGAUGAAAGACAUUGCAGAAGCAUAUCUUGAUUCAGAAGUGAAGAAUGCUGUGAUCACCGUUCCUGCCUACUUCAACAAUGCUCAACGUCAGGCAACAAAAGAUGCGGGAAUCAUAGCUGGACUCAACGUCAUGUGCAUUCUUAACGAACCAACAGCUGCUGCCAUUGCUUAUGGUCUAAAAAAGAAGCUUAAUUGCAGUACUGAUGCUGCUUCAAGGAAUAUUUUGGUUUUUGAUCUUGGUGGUGGAACUUUUGAUGUGUCUAUAGUCGCGGUAAAGAAGGAUGCCUUUGAAGUCAGAGCAGUGUCUGGUGACUCUCACCUUGGUGGAGUAGAUUUUGAUAAUAGAAUGAUGGACCACUUUGUAAACGAGUUUAAAAUGAAGCACGACAAGGAUAUAAGUGCAAAUCCUUGGGCACUUGGAAGGUUGAGAGCUGCUUGUGAAAGGGCGAAGAGAGCCCUCUCUUCAACUGUAGAGACUACUAUUGAGAUUGAUGGCCUCUUCGAGGGUUUUGAUUUCUCAUCAACCAUCAGUCGUGCACGGUUUGAAAAACUAAACAAGGAUCUGUUCAUGAAUUGUUUGGACCCUGUUGAAAAAUGUCUGAAGGAUGCAAAAUUGGAGAGGAGUGAUAUUGAUGAUGUUGUCCUUGUUGGUGGGUCUACUCGUAUCCCCAAAGUUCAGAAAUUGUUGCAGGGUUUUUUCAAUGGGAAGGAGCUUUGCAAAGGGAUUAACCCGGAUGAGGCUGUUGCGUAUGGUGCUGCUUUUCAUGCUGCCAUCUUGGCUGGCGUAGACAGUAGCAGUAAGAACGCUGUGCUUGUGGAUGUUACUCCCUUAUCCUUUGGUUUUAAAAUUAACAGUGGUACGAUGAGUGUUGUGAUUCCUCGAAACACACCAAUCCCUUCAAAGAAGACGAAGAUAUAUACCACUUGUGUUGACAACCAAACUAGUGUACUAAUUCGGGUGUAUGAGGGAGAGAGCCCUUGUGCUGAGGAUAAUAACCUCUUGGGUAGCUUUGUUCUCCAUGGCAUUCCUCCAGCACGAGCACAUAUUCCUAAGAUAGUUCAAUGCAUAAACAUUGAUGAGAAUGGCAUCUUGACGGUGACAGCAGAGGAUAAAAGCACUGGGAACAAAAAUCAGCUAACCAUUACUGAACACAGUGGGAGAUUGUCUAAGGAAGAGAUUGAUAGGAAGGUGGAAGAAGCGAAAAAGUUCAAAGCUCGGGAUGAGGAGCGCAAGAAGGCAGCUAUAGCAAAGAACAACUUGGACAAUUAUAUUGACGAGAUGGUAGACACCUUGAGAAGCUACAAGAAGAGGCUCGGGAGAAAGAGCAAGAGGAAGCUUUACGAUGCUAUAGAGAAUAUAACCCAAUGGUUAGACUGGAACUACAUGCUUCCUGAAGCUAGCAAGUUUGAGGAAAAGAUGAAGGAACUCGAGAGCAUUUGCGAGCCUAUCAUUGCAAUGAUGCACCAAGAGGAGUCCGAUUCUGACGUGGUUAUGAGUUGUGCUUCUCCAAAGAUUGAGAUUAUAGAUCUUGAUUGAACUAGCUCUCUGUCAGUUUACAUAAGUUAUUACAAGCUAAGGUUUAAUUUACUCC